AUGGUGGGAGGGUCCACGCUCAGGCAAAGCGCGGCGCCCCGGGCGCGCUCGGUCUCCCCGCCAGGCCCAGGGAGCCCUCACCACCGGCUGGUGCAGUGGCUGGGCUUCGCCACUUUCGAGAUCUUCGUGCACCUGCUGGCCCUGCUGGUGUUCUCCGUGCUGCUGGCCCUGCGUGUGGACGGCCUGGCCCCCGGCCUCUCCUGGUGGAACGUGUUCGUGCCCUUCUUCGCCGCUGACGGGCUCAGCACCUACUUCACCACCAUCGUGUCGGUGCGUCUCUUCCAGGACGGCGAGAAGCGGCUGGCCGUACUCCGCCUCUUCUGGAUCCUCACGGUUCUCAGCCUCAAGUUCGUUUUCGAGAUGUUGUUGUGCCAGAAGCUGGUGGAGCAGACUCGGGAGCUCUGGUUCGGCCUGAUCACCUCUCCAGUCUUCAUUCUCCUGCAGCUGCUUAUGAUCCGCGCCUGCCGGGUCAACUAGCCUCGCCGUGGGGCCGGAAAGGGAGCUCCCCAUAGCUGGAAUGCUAGACCCAAAGCCGAGGACCUCCCGCCUUCCCCUCCGCCCGGAAGUCUGAGGACCCAGUGCUCCACCGCACCAGAGGAGAAGCCUGGGUCUGAAAGCAACUCCAGCUUGUACCCUGCGGAAUGCUCAGUUUUCUCUAUACCGGUCAUGUCUGAAACUGUUCCCUCAGCGAGGAUGAAAAGAGCAGCUUUGAUCCUUAAAAUGUAUUUCCUGUUAUUUCAUGCUUUGAAUAGCUCAUCUGAAUUGAGACCUUGAGAAGGGCUCCAAGCUAGACAGUCCAGAACUCCUCUGGCAGUUGGACACUGCAUAUAAGUAAAAUAACCUCAUGGGCUCUGAGUAUUUUCAUGGAUCCUGGGGAAGUACCCCUUGUGCAAAGGCUGCAAAGCCGGCCAGCAUCACCGACCUAAAAGCUCACUGUCCCAUUCACCCAGACAAGACUUCCUUAGAUGUUUGAGCUCUAAAAAGUGUAAACCAGCUUGUGUCUCCUCCCCUGUGCCAAUGGAGAAAGGAUGGCCCUUUCUUCAUUCCAGCCAAGGCAGCCAGGAAUGUGUUGAAUAAGCAGGAUCAGGACCCUGUCUGGAGAUCUGUCACCUGAGAAAAGAACUUUGCUUUAAAGGUUCUGCUUGGCUUCAUAUCCCAGCUGACUGCAUUGUCAGGACUUGUCCACCACCUUGUGGCCAGCACUGUUAGCACACCUGAGACUGAUUUAGGCCUCACUAAAGGACCAGAGAGAGGAAGAGGUGCUCUGAUGCACAUAGGUGUUGGGACCUGCAAGUGGGAAGUUUGCAAAUGGUCUCAGCCCAUGUUUGUUGGCCUGAGGUCUUUGGUUUGGUACCAGUCAGGUGCCAAGUGAGAACAUUUGCUGAGAUAAAAAUAAAAUAGAAUGUUUUGCUGAAA